UUGAAGUUUUUUUGUUACAUUUUGAAGUAGUUUUUGUAAAUUUAAUUUAGUCUGCCUUAUCGAAAUAGCAGGCGAGGAGACUCAGCAGGUCCCUCGGUAUUUGCAGUACUUGUUACGCAUAUUGCCUCUUUGUGAUGAAGCUGGGAUGAAACUCGCAUCACGGGCAAUUGUUUAUAUUAUUCAGGUGUCGAAGUCCUUUGCUGUGGAAUUGGUUGAAAAAUCCUUGAAGAAAGUUUGUGAAUGGUUAGAAGAAACGGAAAGAAUGGAAGCGAGAAGGCUUUCUUGUGUGUUUCUGGCCCAACAACUCGCCUUACACACUCCAACUUCGUUCUUUCUACGAGUACCGCAGUUUUUCAAGAACAUUUUCAAAUUCCUUAGGGAUCCAAAGGUGAACGUACGUGUUGCUUCUGCAAAAGCUUUGCGAAAUGCAUUGUCAGUUACGUCACGGAGAGAAGCAAAGCAGAAGAAUGAAUGGUAUUCGCGAUGUUACGAUGAAGCUCUAAGCAAUUCCUCCUACGAUCCUUUGAGUCGUGAAGAUCGCAUUCAUUCUACAUUGCUCAUUCUGAACGAACUUUUCCGAAUUGGCAAUGGGGAGGCAGAGCGCAUACGUAUACGUUCUAUGGGUUUUCAACCUGUGGAAAACAUUCGUACUGUAGUGGGGUCAAACGCUAUUGACUGGCUUACAGAAAAAACUUAUUUGGCUCCAGUCGAUAGCUGUACUGCACGGACCCUCAUUACCGAUCAUUUCAAACAGGUUGAUUAUUUAAUUUUUCUUCUUACUUUGUUUAAAGGUAGCUGCUAUAAAGAUUUUUUGCUGCUAUUUUUUAAAGGUUUGACCGACGUAGUAUAUGAAAUAAAGAUUUGUAUUCCGUCUCUGAAAACUAUGGUCCAAGAAGGUUUAUUAAAAGAAUUAUGUCAGCUCUUAAUGGAGCGUAAAUUACCCGGUAAGCUGGAUCCACCCUCAGAACCAUUCGAGCCGUCUGGUCCAAUAGCAAUUCCGAAUAUCUUUAUUCUAAAGGUUCUUCAUACCUGUGUGGUUCCCAGCUGUUUUUUGGUUACGAAUUAUUUUCAGGGUUAUAUGACAUGCGACAACAUCGAGAUUAGAUUAGCAGCUGUUGAAUGCUGUAUACGUAUAUUAGGGCCGUUUGUGAAAAUGUUUGACUCUCCGACCAUUGUUGACAAGAAACAGCGCGCUGACGUCCUCAGUUUGGUACAAAAUGUCAUAAGAAAGCUUCUUUCGGUCGCAGUCGUUGAUUCAUGCGUCGAAGUUCGCCUUACUGUAUUGAAGUGUUUUCAAAAAGCAGAUACGGCGUUCCUUUCUCAUCUUGCCCAAGCAGAUAUGUUAGAACUGGUGUAUAUGAGUUUACAUGAUGAAAAACUUGAAAUUCAAAAAGAAACUGUAGCACUGUUAGGCAAACUUGCUGAACUGAACCCUGCUUUUGUGUUGCCGAGGAUGCGAAAGGUGCUUUUGGAGACGCUGUGUCAGUUAACUUACAGUCGUGUUGGCAGACAGGCCUUGUUUAGGUUAGAAAAGCACAGUGCUCAACUUAUUAACCAAAUUGCUUACCAGUCACCGAAGUUUAUGAGACCGUACAUGAAUCCAGUACUUUCUGCCUUAAUACCAAAACUUCGGAUAGAGCUUGUUCAUGUUGACGUAACUGUUCAGGUUUUAAAAGCUAUCAGUGAGCUCUCGUUUGCCGGCGGUGUCGAUUUGGUUAGAUCUCGUGAAGCUUUAUUUGGUCCGCUAGUACAGUUUUUACAAGAUUCUAGUAGUAUCAAUCGGAGAGAGGCUGCAUUGCAAACUUUUGGUCGUUUAUGCCAAAACAUGGGUUACGUAGUUGAUCCAUAUAGGGAUUAUCCAGGACUGCUUGAUAUACUUUUGAGGUUGUUAAAGAGCGAAAUGAAUCCGUCAAUGAGGAGAUCUAUAAUGAGGGUCCUUGGUAUUGUUGGUGCACUUGACCCUUAUAUGCACAAAGUUUACACUGGGAAAGUUCAUUCGGUCGAUUCUAGUAGAAUGGCACUUUCUUUGCCAUCUCCUUCUUCAAGCAUGGAUAUGAGGGACGAUAUAAUUAAAUGGUAUCAUUACGAAAAGUGCACACUUGCCGAGUUCUAUCCAGCGUUUACUAUUGCAAGCCUUAUGCAAAUGCUCGACGAUGAAACUUUAUUAAGUUUGCACAGAGCCAUCAUUCAAGCUCUCUUUACUAUUUUCGCUAGCUUGGGGAACAAAUCAGUGCAAUAUGUUGACAGGGUAUUUUUUGAGCUCUAUUAUGCGUGUAGAUUUGCGCAAAAUGCGACUGUGAACACUGAUCGCUUAUUUUACUUGCAACAAAUUGGAAACUUGAGUUCUGUCAUAGGAAUCAGUAUGAAACCAUAUGUUGAGAAACUGUUUGAUUUGGUUGCUACAGCAUGGUUUGAAGAUGAUGAAAUGAAAAUAACGGUAGUUGACGUAAUGCAGAAACUUGGAGCUGCAUUUGGUGCAUCGUUUUCUCCAUAUGUUGCCGAGUUAUGUCCCUAUCUUCUGAAAGUAGUGCAGACUGACAGAACUGCGGAAAGGAGGCUUACUUGCAAGGUAUUUACUUGUGUGCAGUCUAUCUCAGUGUGUUUGGGACCGUAUGUAAACCUUGUCAUUCCUCCGAUACUUUCGAUUCUUGACGAUCCAAGUGUGAAGAUGGAAGUGCGGCAGCUGGCUCUGAACACUAUAUAUCAUUUAAGCUGUACAUUAUGCUUGAUACCGAAUGCACCGCGUAUUGUUCAAGUCUGGUUGCGGGUUAUCUCCGUACCAGCUCUCCAACCAAGACUUUUGGACUUGCUUGUGGUCAGUGUGAAACAGGUUCGGCGUUUCGUUUUCUGGAAUUUUUUGGACGCUUUUGACUGUUAUUUAUUUAAUCUUUCUUCGACUGUAGCCCUUCCGUUCGUUCAAAUGUCAAAAAUUGUCUUUUUUGUACAUAAUUUACAAUUGAAGAUGUGGCGUCAAUUUAUGUUUUUACUUUUUCAGGACUGGGACCAGUAUUUAAGCUUUCUACGUAGGAUGUUUAUUCGGCAAAGUCCAGCUCCGCCUCUCCGAGCAUGUGCUCCACUUGCAGAUGUACAUCAGCUCCUCGCAAAAGAUCUUUUUAAUGCUGCAUUCAUCUCUGUUUGGACCGAUAUGGAUGAGUCUCAACAAGAUGAAGUUAAAUCUUGUUUGGAAAAGGCACUUGAACAAUGCAACAAUUCUGACCUGAUACAAACAAUUUUAAACCUUGCUGAAUUUAUGGACCACUCGGAGAAGGGUCCUUUGCCGAUAAAAGGAGAACUGUUGAGUAAGGGAGCAGAACAAGUAAGAGCAUACGCUAAAGCCUUACGUUAUACUGAACUCGCCAUAAAAAAGGAUUUCCUUGAAAGUCCUGACCCUGAGCAUUGUAGGGCUCUAAUCAACUAUGCAAACAAGUUAAAUGUUCAAGAAGAAGCUGCCGGGGUUGUAAUCUUCGCAGAAAAACACAAAUUGAAAAUUAAUAUGCAGGGCCGUUGGUAUGAGAAGCUUAAUGAAUGGGAAAAAGCAUUAGAAUUUUAUCUGAAGUCAAGUUCUUGUGUCGCUCAGGUAUAUAUGCAUCAAAUGCGGUGCUAUGAAGCCCUAGGACAGUGGAAUGACUUAAAUGCAUUGGGCAAACGUGCGUUUUCAACAAAAGCGCAACCUGCUGAUUUGGAACGGAGGCAGAAAAUGGCUGUGAUUGCGGCUCGUGGAAGUUGGGCAGUUGGUGACUGGGAGAGUAUGAAGAAGUAUGUAGAUCAUAUCAAUGAAAACAAUCAAGACGGUUCAUUUUUAAGGGCAGUACUUGCAGUACGUGAGGAUAGAUACAAGGAUGCUUAUGAUUAUAUUGAAAAGGUUCGUGAUAUGUUUGAUGCGGAGUUGACUGCUAUGGCGUCAGAGAGCUACGAGCGUGCUUAUGGUGCAAUGACAUUGGUGCAACAAUUAACUGAACUUGAAGAAGCUGUUGAAUAUAAGUGUAGGUCUGAGAGGCGAGCGCAGAUCUGCGUUGUGUGGAGUCGUCGAUUACAAGGCUGCCGUCAAAACAUUGAGCAGUGGCAAAGGCUUCUUCUAGUUAGGACUCUGGUGCUUUCUACAGAUGAAAUGCGUCCUCUUUGGAUUAAAUUUGCAUCACUGUGCAGAAGACAGGGUAAUUUAUCUAUGUCAAGACGUGUUUUAAACAAAAUGCUGAAGCUAGAUGGCGAGAAGGCUUUGCAUGAGAUCGCUUUUGAAUCACUCUCAAAUGAAAACCCAUCACUAGUAUUAGCAGUAUGUAAGCAGCUGUGGGCCGAAAAACGUGGAGAAAAAGCAUGCGAUAUUUUGGAAAAGCUCGUGCAGAAGCAUCAGGAUGCGAAGCCUUCUAGACAAAUUUUUAUUUUUCAGGAGUUUUUCCCUUUUAAGGUUGCUUUUUACAAAUUGUUUCUUAUAACAAUUCGUACUAUGGCAAAGUGUUGCCUUAAGCUGGGAGAAUGGCAAGAAGCCAUUGCUUCGAGUGAUGCGGAAACGAAGUUGGAAUGCCUUUCACAACAAGCGAAGACAACACCGAUGGAGAACUUUACAAAGGCCACAAGUUAUGAUCCAACAUGGUAUAAAGCGUGGCAUAAACUGGCCUCCACUUACUUCAAUUUGGCAAUGUAUCCUACGUCGCAAGUGAAUCCUUCUAUGAUGCCUCGAGUUAAUGCUGAAAAUGUGCUUCCUGCACCUCUUGUUGGUCAACGUGUACCGUCGCGCUUUAAUUCUCAAACGUCUCGAGUGCAGCCGCAGGGUGCGCCACUUAAUGCGUCACAGUUGCAGUCCCAUAUAAGUUGCCGAAUCUCAUCACGUAAUUCGUCAGCAGUUUUGGGUUCUCAAAUAUCUCCUAUAAUUGGUCCACAGCUAGCAACUUCUGGUUCCAGUGUAGUAUAUUACGCUGUUCAGGCUAUAAAAUGUUUCGUUAAGGCAAUCACUCUUGCAGAAGGUUCUAAGCUAGAAGAUACACUUCGCUUCCUCACUCUUUGGUUUAAACAUGGAGAUCAUACUGAGGUUUUUGAACAGAUACGCGAGUCACUGAAGUGUCUUCCCGUGGAAAUGUGGCUAGAGGUUACGCCGCAAUUAAUGGCUCGCUUAGACUCUGACCAGAACGUUGCACAGCUUAUAAAACAAGUCGUCAUUGACCUUUCAAAGGCACAUCCGCAAUCUUUAAUCUAUGCACUGACGGUGGGCGCAAAUUCAGCAAACAAAAGGCGCUCUACUUUGGCAAAGGAGGUUUUAAAAAUUAUGAGCGACACUUGGCCUAAACUAGUUGAAGAAGCUCGACUAGUUAGUGAGGAACUGAUUAGGUGUGCUAUUCUUUGGCACGAAUUAUGGCAUGAAGCUUUGGAUGAUGCUUCUCGCCUCUAUUUCCAAGAUAUUGCUGGUAUGUUUGAACUGUUGGAUCCGUUACAUGCACAGUUGGAAAAAGGAGCCACAACUCUCAAAGAGCAGUCUUUCAAACAGACCUACGAUAGUGAUCUUAAAGAAGCUUGGAGCAAUUGUCGGCGAUAUGUUCAUUCGAAGAACUCCAAAGAGUUGAACCAGGCCUGGGAGCUUUACUACAACGUCUUUCGUAAAAUUUCUGCUCAGCUUCGACAGCUUACUUCGCUGGACCUCAGUUAUGUUUCACCGAAGUUAAUGAAAGCCCAGAAUCUUGAAUUAGCGGUACCUGGGACGUAUGAUCCAAAUGGCCCGAUUGUUAGAAUUGCAUCGGUUGGAAACCACUUGCAAGUAAUUAGUUCUAAACAACGUCCUCGAAAAGUGAUCAUAAAAGGAAGUGAUGGUAAAGAUUAUGCGUUUUUGUUAAAAGGCCACGAAGACCCACGGCAGGACGAGCGAGUUAUGCAGUUGUUUGGUUUAGUUAAUACACUACUGCUGCACAGGGCUGAUACUGCAAGGCAGAAUUUAACCAUUCAACGAUAUUCUAUUGUGGCCUUGAGUCAGAACAGCGGUUUGAUAGGCUGGGUACCGAACUGUGAUACGUUACACUCUCUUAUUCGAGAUUAUAGAGAGAAAAGCAAUAUUCUUUUGUCUAUGGAGCAUAAAUUGAUGCAGACAUUUGCAACGGAUAUUGAUCAGCUUAAUCUUUUACAGAAAGUGCAGGUGUUCGAACAUGCUCUAGACCUUACUGAUGGAAAAGAUUUGCAGCAUAUUUUGUGGCUAAAGUCACCCAACUCAGAGGUUUGGUUCGAUAGGCGAACGAAUUACACUCGAUCAAUGGCAUGCAUGUCGAUGGUUGGUUAUAUUUUGGGCCUUGGUGACAGGCAUCCUUCAAAUUUGAUGUUAGAUCGUGUGAGUGGAAAAAUUGUACAUAUUGAUUUUGGUGACUGUUUCGAAGUAGCUAUGACGCGAGAGAAAUUUCCGGAGAAAAUUCCAUUCCGUUUGACGCGCAUGCUGGUUCAGGCAAUGGAAGUGACUGGGAUCGAGGGAAAUUAUAGGAUUACAUGUGAACGUGUUUUGCAUUUGCUCAGGGCUAACAAAGAAAGCUUGUUGGCUGUUCUUGAGGCUUUUGUUUAUGACCCGUUGAUUAACUGGAGGCUUCUGAACAAGACGAAGGCAGAAGCGUCUUUGAAACGCAUCCGUCACAAACUUUCUGGUAUUUUUAAAGUUAAAAGUCGGGAUUUCCAACCAAACGUUGAAUAUUCAGUAUCAGAACAAGUCAGUAGGUUGAUUCAUCAGGCAACUUUAUCAGAAAAUCUUUGUCAGUGCUUCAUUGGAUGGUGUCCAUUUUGGUAG